GUUCAGCCCUCUGGAAGCACACGCAUGUCUCACCCACUUAAACUAAAACUCUGACCUUGGUGUUUCUCUAAUUACUGAGAAUUAACUCUGUAAAUGAAUGAGCGACACUCACUUAUGGAUUCUCGUAAAGUCGUGGAGUUGUAGGCAGCCUGCCUGUCCUCCUGUCAGUGCUGUCAGGCCGCCUGAGGAGAGUGCAGCUGCAGUAGAAUCCCCUAAAAUCCUCUAACAGAGACUCCGAUGUGACGGGAAAUCAUAUUUUUACUUUUCAGACUUUUAAAUUGAACUUUUAGUGAGCUAUUUUUUGAGGAAAAGCACCAGUCCACCAUGGAGGACGAAGCCAACUUCACCAUUGAUCCGACUUGUUUAGGAGAGCCUCCUUAUGCCAUUGAUGUUAUAAACAAUCUUGAUGUUUUUGGAAUCUGCCUGUACUCCAUGCUCACCUUCAUGUCCUGCGUCACCCUGCUGCUGUAUCUGGAGCAGUGUGUCUUUGUUUAUAAAAAACUGCCAUAUCCCAAGAAGACAACCAUCAUCUGGAUAAGUGGUGCUUCACCAAUAAUUAGCACCAUGGCUUGCUUAGGGAUGUGGAUCCCCCGUGCAGUCAUGUUCACUGACAUGACAUCUAACUGUUAUUUUGCAGUUGUGGUGUAUAAAGUCAUUGUUCUGAUAGUCGAGGAGCUUGGAGGCACAAGCGCGUUUCUGAGCCGCUUCUCCAGUAAACCCUUCAAGAUCAGCACAGGGCCGUGCUGCUGCUGCUGCCUCUGCUUACCCUGGGUCCCCAUGUCCAGGCGCAUGCUGUUCAUUCUAAAGCUGGGGGCUCUGCAGUACGCCCUCCUAAAAACUGCUCUCACCAUCCUUUCUAUUGUACUGUGGACCAACGGCAACUUUGAUCUGGCUGAAUUAAGCAUCACUUGUGCAACCAUUUGGAUCAACCCCUUUCUUGGUGUCCUCCUUUGCUUUUCCCUUUGGCCGGUUGGUAUCAUUUUUAUGAAUACCAAAGGCUACCUGCGAGGGGUCAAAGUUGUACCAAAGUACGCUUUUUAUCAAAUCAUACUGGUCUUGAGUCAGCUGCAGACGGCAAUUAUCAACAUCUUGGCCUUAAAUGGGAGCAUCGCCUGUUCCCCCCCGUUCUCCUCCCAGGCUCGUGGAUCCAUGCUGAGUCAGCAGAUCAUGAUCAUGGAGAUGUUCCUCAUCAGUCUGUUCACUCGGAAUUUGUACCGACGCACAUAUGAGGAUGUCCCAGACGAGGCUCCUGAGGAGCAGCAGAACAACCUGACGGCGCUCCCAGAGCACGAUGUCUAGAAACGACACGUCCGUUUGUUUUAGAAGUGAUGGCAGAACUCAACUUUAACAUAAGAGGAUAUUUUCAUUUUUAUGUUUUUGUUCACUUUUUUUAAAAAAUCUUUUUUGUUUAGAAUUUUUUACACAUUUAUAAAACUCUGUUUUAAUUGUUAAAGUUAGCAAACUUGAAGGAUCAAAACUUAAGAUCAUAAAUCACUAAUUGCAUCAAAAUAUGUAAAAAAAAAACAAACUUUGAUCUAAAAAACAAACAAACAUGAAACUAGAUAUUUUUAGUUGUUUGAAUUGUAAAUUGAUGUCAUCAACAACAUAAAGGUGGAGUCAUCAUAGAAUAAUGUCUUAAUUCAAUGUAUUUAUAUAUAUAUAAAAAAUGACGUUUUUACCUAUACUUUUAUUUUGGCGGUGCUAUCCUUUUAUUAGUGUGUUUUAUGUCUGAAGGUUUCUGUAGAUUAUUGUCUAGCAGGUAAAUUUAAGGUCUCCAAAAUGGUUAGUAAGCAGGAUAUUUGUCACAUUACUAUUAACCACUCAUAAAAAA